AUGCAAGAUCCACGCGGCACAUCACGUGAAGAUGAGGCGAAGAAGGGGCUGCAGAAUCGAGUGGGCGAGCAGAACUGCUUCCUGAACGUGGUGAUUCAGGGGUUGUGGCACCUUCGAUCAUUCAGGGACAAAUUCCAGAGCAGCACGGCCGAACACAAGCACGCUGCACAAGGUUCAUGCAUCCACUGUGCUCUCAAGGUGUUGUUAAGUAAUUACGAAUGGAGUGAAGAAGCUGUGCUGCCACCGAAAGUGCUUCGUGAGGCGCUCAGCAACCUCUUUGCCAAGGAAGGUCGGUUUCAAAUCAAUCAAAUGGACGAUGCCAUGGAGGCUCUCGACUCUAUUCUCUCCUGCUUGCACGAUAGCUUGGCCAAGAAACGAGAAGAUGGCAGCUCAGACUACUGCGAGCCGGCUUGUCUUGUCUUCGGUAUCAACGUGAUGGAGCAAAGCGAGUGUUCCAAGUGUGGCUGCUCCUCGGAACCUGUGCUCUCGCAGGGGUGGAUACACUACGGCUACACCAACGAUUUGAUGGACUCGCCGCGGGUGUCCGCAGAUAUCAUGUCUGAAGUGUUCAACCUGCUCGAUGAGCAGCUUGACCUGCGACACAGCUUCCCCAACGUCGACGAAGAGUGUCAGUACCGUCUACGAGGCAUGGUACCUCUUCGAAGCCCUUUUUGGUGCCUAUCACACGCCAUGUCUAGCCCGAGUGCUCACGCGUUUCCUAUUUGCCAGAUCUGCUUCUACGCCUGCCACUACAUGGCCUUCUUCUUCAAUCCGAAGAAGCGGGUGUGGAUGACAUUCGACGACGCAUCUGUCACGGUACACUAA